AGUGCCGCAGCUGCUGUACGGAGGGAAGCUGGAUUUCCUCGUCUUCGAUUACCUGUCCGAGAUCACCAUGUCGCUGCUGACGGCCGCCAAGGCCCGGUCUCCUCUUUUAGGUUACACUCCGGAUUUUGUCUCCACUGCCAUGGCUCCCUAUAUAAAUGACAUUCACAGGAAAGGUGUUCGUGUCAUCAGUAACGCUGGUGGAAUUAAUCCACUUGCUUGUGCAGCUGCCCUUCAGGAAGUGGCAAAGAAAGCAGAUGUUGAUUUGAAAAUAGCAGUUGUUGCUGGAGAUGAUCUGAUGAGUGAGAACGAGAACUUAAAAGGAGCUGGUAUCACCGAUUUAGAGAGUGGCAGACAAUUUCCAGAGAAUAUUCACAGCAUGAAUGUGUAUCUUGGUGCAAGACCAAUAAGCAGAGCUCUAGACCUUGGAGCUGAUAUUGUUGUGACGGGCAGAUGUGUUGACAGUGGGAUUGUAUUGGGACCACUCAUUCAUUCUUUUGGCUGGAAUAGGGAUGACUAUGACUUGCUAGCUGCGGGAAGUCUUGCAGGUCAUCUCAUUGAAUGUGGUGCUCAGUGUACAGGUGGAAUAUUCACGGAUUGGCACACAGUACCAGACUGGCACAACAUAGGCUUUCCUAUUGUAGAAUGUUCCUCUGAAGGAGACUUUAUUCUUUCCAAACCACCAGACACAGGGGGACUGAUCUCUUUUGGCACUGUAGCUGAACAGUUGGUGUAUGAAUUGGGCAAUCCUCAGCGCUAUCUUUUACCAGAUGUUACAUGUGACUUUUCCCAAGUUUCCAUCACUGAAAUUCCAGGUUUUGAUGGUGGAGCAGUGAAAGUUUGUGGAGCAAAGGGAUCGCCUCCUUCGACAUUUUAUAAGGUAAAUGCCACUUAUCUUGAUGGCUUCAGAGCUACUGCUGUCUGUCCAGUGGGAGGUCCAAAGGCAGUACAAAAAGCAAAACGCACUGCAGAAGGUAUUUUGCAAAGGACUCGUCUUAUUUUCAGUCAGCUUGGGUAUGAAGAUUACAGUGCAGUUAACAUACAGGUUUUAGGGUCUGAAGAUACAUAUGGACCUCAUGCUAGAAGGAGUAUAGAUGGUGGUCCUCGGGAAGCUGUUAUUUGGCUUGCUGUACACCAUAAACAAAGAGAAGCUGUAGAAAUCUUCUCCAAAGAGAUUGCACCAGCUGGAACUGGCAUGGCCCCUGGCCUCACUGGAAUUGUUGGAGGGCGCCCCAGAGUGUCUCCGGUCUUGAAGCCAUUUUUCUUCUAUUAUCCCAAAAGCAAUGUUCAGAUCAACCUGUUUUUGAAUGGGCAGCAUGUUGAGGUAUUUGAGGAGGAUCUCGCGUUUACAUCAGAUGAAGUGGUUUCAUUUGAUCUGCCUGAGAUUAGCAGUGAAUUGAAAGAUCUGCCAAGUGGCCCACAUACUUACCGCUUAGAAGAUCUUGCCUAUACUAGAAGUGGAGACAAAGGCAAUUCUGCAAACAUAGGUGUGAUAGCACGGCAUCCCCUCUAUUAUCCAUACCUAAAGAAAACUUUGACUGCUCAAGCCCUGGAGAAUUACUUUCAACACCUUUUUGAGCGUGAAAAACCAGAAGAAGAACUAGUAACAAGAUAUGAGUUGCCAGGAAUCCAUGGAUUAAAUUUUGUUCUGAAGAAUUCCCUUGGUGGUGGUGGCAUAGCAUCCCUAAGAAGUGACCCACAGGGUAAAGCACUUGGACAGAUGCUGUUGGAUUUCCAGAUUAAAAAUGUUCCUGAUUUAAAAUCACUGAUAGAAUAACAGGUGUUUAAUAUAUAUGCUUUUAACACUGAGUGGUAUAAAAACAUGGUAUAAACAAGAACUGGCUUCUUGAAUGAGAUUUUUUUUUUUUAGGAUUAAAGAGUAGAAAUUUGACAGUUAUUUCUCAGAGGUUAGCUAUAUGGCUCAGAUUAGCAAAUGUUUUAAAUAAUAGCAGACUAAUAACUUUGUCUGUGCCUUGGUAACAUUUCCUGUCUAGAUAAUACAGUGGAUGAAGAAUUAAUUUAUUUCCUGAAAAAUAGAAUUAAUUAAAUUGCAAUGUGACAUUUAAUUAUGAGACAAGAUAAUCUUUGUUYCAAGAUGGAAAUUACCUCCUGUUCGUCCGUCUCUCUUUUUCUUCUCUGUCUUUAUUUGAAAAUMGAAUGGACUGCUCUCCUGCCAGCCAUGUCUGUCCUGUGCAGUGAGUGAGGCUGGGUAAGCUGCUCUGCACUGCUGUGAAGUCAGCGCUGUCUGGUACUAGGGAACAGUUUUCCCUGCUGGGCAAUAAAGAAAAAGUAAUAAUUGGUACUGUUAUACAGUGACUGGUUGUAAAUGCUGACCUUUGGUGGUGAUCCACCAAACUUCCAGCACUUUGUCUGGUUAGUGACAGAYUUUAUUACUACAUUUACCAAUAUCUUUUACUUAUUAAUCCUUCACUUGAAAGCACUGAGUAGUAGUAAAUUGCAGAUCUUAWAAUGUGGUAAUAAAUUUGAAGAUGAGGAAGGGAAUAGUCUGCCUGCUCACUCCUUGUGAUGGUGCAGUCCUGGCUGGGAUGARGUGGGGCUGGGUGGUAGAGGGAUACCUGGUUUUGUUCCAGGGCUGUUAAAUCCUUGAUUUGUGCAGCUGUCAUGCAUGGAUUAAGUUCAUUGGACUGUCAUCUGCAUUGCCCUUCCCACAGAAAGGUAUCUUCUGCUGUGAAAUGAAAUUGUGUUGAAUGCAGUGUACUCUUUCUGCUGACUCUCAGUUACCGUCUCCCUAUAUCCCUUCCUUCCCAAAAUGACUAGCAUGUUCAAAUGGUGAUACUUCUGAACCUCCUGACCUCAUUAAGAGGAGAUCUGGAAAUCUAUAUCUUAUUUCCUGGGACAAUAGAAGGUGGAAAUUCUGUAUUUUCUCUGCAGAAGCCAUAAAAGUAUUACUCCACAUGUUCAGGCAUUUUAUAUUCAGAUAUUAAUCUUUUUGUUUAUUUUAGUGAGAGUGUAUUAUUUGUUUAGUGCUGACAGAAUAAGGCAUUACUAAUGCCAGACAAAACUAUGAAAGUAAGUGUUAUUUUAAGUCACCAGACCUAUCCGUUAGYUGUUGCUAAAUUUCCAGUGCUAUCCAUCACUUACUAAUUUUCUAGACUCUUGCUUGCUAAUGAGUACUAUGCAUUGAAUUGUUCCAACCUUUUCUGUGGUUUUGUUCAUUUGAAUUGAGGUAUCAUARGUGAAUGCUUUAUCUAUCUAAUCCCAUUAUUACCUGAGCAAGUCACAGAUACUGUCCAUGUAUACAUGUACGAUUCAGUCAGGUUGUAAAAAAUAAGUCAUUACUUCAUUGCAGAAAAACAGCCAAGUUAAUAACUUCAGAGGGAAAACGGCAUGCAGGUUUUAUUAUGUUUACAGUCAUUGUUGAAAACUUCAUAAUAAUUUGGAAGUCUAUUGAGAGGAAGUAAAAAAAGUGAUAGACCUCAGUAGCAAACCUACAAUGAUAAAAAGGCUACAGUAAAUAUUGGCAGUUCACUCAAUAUGCUUCCUAAGUGACUCUGGAAAUGUGUAUGCAAUAAGUUUCUGAAUAAAAGUGAACAUUUAUACAGUAUAAAUUUGUUUUAGUCAUU